GCCGAUGAAAACCGAUAAGUAAAAGCUCAACGCCUGAAGGAAGUACAAGAGGACAAGAUCUGAAGCCGAAAGAAUCUUCUUUUCCCAACAGUAUUCAGUUUUAUGGUUCGUAGUACUGUCAUAGGUGGAGUACUCAAUUACGCAUUACCAGAGAGAAAGAUAGGUCAUUCCCGCAUUACAACUGGUUAUUAAUAUAAGCAUCGUAAAAUCUUAUUUUUGAUCGUUGAUUUUUACUCGGGUGCGUGAAGAAUGACUGCUGAAGUUCAGCAACCCUCCGUGCAGACCCCUCCUCACAGUAGCCCGAUGUCGGAGAAACCACACGGACAGACGCCUGUGAUGGAGACCUCGUCUUCUUCCUCCAGCACCAAAACAAAAAAGACGAACGCUGGAAUCCGUCGUCCUGAAAAGCCCCCGUACUCUUACAUCGCUCUCAUUGUCAUGGCCAUCCAGAAUUCUCAAACCAAACGACUGACUCUAAGCGAAAUUUACCAGUUCCUUCAGAGCCGCUUCCCGUUUUUCAGAGGCUCGUAUCAAGGCUGGAAAAACUCGGUGCGUCACAAUCUGUCUCUGAACGAGUGCUUUAUCAAGCUGCCCAAAGGUCUGGGUAGACCCGGGAAGGGUCACUACUGGACCAUCGACCCGGCCAGUGAGUUCAUGUUCGAGGAGGGAUCUUUUCGCAGGAGGCCGCGGGGAUUCAGGCGUAAAUGUCAGGCGCUCAAACCUUCUAUGUACAGCAUGAUGAACGGGCUGGGAUUCAAUCACAUACCUGAGUCUUAUAAUUUUCAAUCGGGCGGCGGGGGCAUGUCUUGUCCUCCAAACAGUUUACCUUUGGAGAGUGGGAUUGGGAUGAUGAAUGGACAUUUGGCCAGCAAUAUGGAAGCAAUGGGCUUGGCAGGACACUCUAUGUCACAUUUAUCAACGAAUAGUGGACAUUCAUACAUGGGCAGUUGCACAGGAUCCUCGGGGAGUGAAUACCCCCACCACGACAACUCUGCAUCGCCGCUUCUAACCAGCGGGGGAGUGAUGGAGCCGCAUGCCGUGUAUUCUAGCACAGCCUCGGCCUGGCCUCCAGCGCCCACGGGCUCCCUAAACAACGGGGCGUCUUACAUCAAACAGCAGCCGCUCUCUCCGUGCAACCCUGGAACCAAUUCGCUGCAGCCCAGUUUACCCAUACACUCAAUGGAACAGUCCUACCUGCACCAGAAUGGCCACGGAACCACCGAACUUCAAGGUAUACAACGCUAUCAUUCCCAAUCUCCCAGCAUGUGUGACAGGAAAGAGUUUGUCUUCUCCUUUAACGCCAUGACCUCUUCAUCGAUGCAUUCACCAGGGAGUAGUAGCUCGUUCUACCACCAUCAGCAGGUCUCCUAUCAAGACAUCAAACCCUGUGUGAUGUGACAGCAUUGUUGCAUGCAACUAGGCUUCCUUCAACGACGAGCAACAGCGUAAAUAGACCUAAAUGAGACUUUGAGUGGAUUUUAAAUGGUUCUUUUGGAAAGGGACAUGGAAUUAAGAAUUAGCGUUUAUUAAUAAUCAAAACUUUGCUAUGGAAAGGAAUUGGCAGUAAACUACAAACUCAAUAGAGGAGCUAUUAAAAAAGUCCGAUUGGCUACUUCUAGAGAUUUGAAAAUGGAAAAUCCAACAGCUUCAGGUCUCUGCGAAUAAGGCUGGGGACAUAAUAAAAGCAAGUAGGCUACAUUCCGUUUCCAACAGCUCGGUGCUAACUCUGCUGGCGGUUGACACUUGUAUGAACGCUUGUCCACAAUAAUUUUCAUUUCGCUUUAAAUGGUGAAAACAGUCAGAACGCGAAAUGAAGGCACUUUUAAACUUAUUUAUUCUUUUGAAAUGUUUAAUGUUAGGCUACAAUUAUAGCCACAUAUUGCUAAUUUGGCAAUAUUUGCCCAAUGUAACGAAGGUUAAAUAUAAGCACUGUUAGUUAUUUCGAUUUUUUUAUUUAGUUGUACAUCUAUAUUGACACGUCUUAUUCCUCAAACACUGUAUAAACUUUACAUGGUGUAGGAAAUAUAUUUUAGUAUUUUUCCGUUCCACUUUAAAUAUUAGUUGAUGUAAUACUUCAGUUCUAUUGAAAAUUUAAAUAAAUAAUAAUGGGUUGAAUUUUG